UAUUCUAAUCUCUAGCAAGCCUACCAAAGUUCAUGAUGAACAAUGUCUUUCGUCCAGCCAUUCAUCUAUGAUAUACAAUUCUAAUUAAAUCCAAUUAACCAUUGAAAAGAAAAUAUGGUCAUCAGAUGUCUCUUAGUUCAUCGUCACUUGCUGCAUUUCUUGCUUAGACGCCCUUUGAUGCUUUGCAUCAAUGCUUUUUUUUUUGUUACUUCAUCAUAUACCAUUUGCCGCGGAACAUGUAUCAGACAUUUAAGAAAGUCGAUGAAAGGUUUUGUUUUGGAUAAUUUACAUAACUAUGGAUUUUUAUAUUUCUUACCAUGAUAAGGUGUUACUAUUUGUAGAAAAUGAGUAGCAUUAUAGGUGAAAAGGAAAAUAUACAUGCUUUGAUAUUUUUCAUCAUCUAAUAUUACUGACUACAGUGACACAAACAGAACAGUGUUCUACUGCUGUCACGUCACAUUACAAGUCGUGUAAGUUUUUUUUUUGUAUUGGAAUUACUUUCCUUACCAGGUAGGCAUCAGUGAAAGCAUUUUUUCUGGCCCCUCUCUCGUGGAUAAGUAUAAUUAUGCAAGUAUAAAUGAUUUAUAAAACAUCUGGAAUAAUGUACAAUAGUAUUUAAUCUAAAUAGAAAAUGACCUGUGUGUAGGAAUAAUUUGGUAAGGUAUCUGUAAUGAGCGCAUUUUUACAGUUUUUUUUUAUAUAAUAUAUAUUAAUCUUGUUUGUAGAUCGGUUAUUGGAAGGUAUGUGACUAUGGUAUUAAGGUCAAGGUCGGAGGAUUGGAGAAACAAUCGUUCAGAGGACUUCAUUGCUGUUCUUUCUGAAAACCAUGAUCAGUUUUCAGAAUUUGUAAGAUGUAACCAAGAGCUUGGUAUGCGUAAUCAUGACAUAAAGGACAAUCAAAUUACGUCUUCGUCCUGGCAAGUUUCCCGCGAUCCAAAAGAGGCCCGCCAUCAUUUAUCCGGUUGGUGUGCUCGCUUGACGGAUAAACAGCCAUUUAUUCAGGUUGAUUUAUUGAAAAAGACUUCGAUAGAUGGUUUAGUAAUAACCAACUGGGAGGAAAUUAUUGACAAUAUUGAAAACAACAAAUACGAAAGACGAUUGGUUAAAAGUGGCUGUCGGUCGUUUUAUAUCAAAUAUGGAAACGAUCUUGAUGUCUUGGAACGAUACAAUAAUGUGGUGAGUUGUCUCCUGAAGCCAGAAAAAAGAUUGAAUUUAUCAUAUAUGAUUUGA